CCCUUACUCUGAGCAGAGACAGACUGAGAGGAAACAGAAGACAGAGACCAUGACUGAGUCUGUGCUCAGGUUUGAUUUGUUGAAGUGUCGUUCUUCAGUGUUUGUUGCUGUAUCUUCAGUUUGGUGAUGGAGCCUCAACGGCAGAUCUACAAAAGACUGGACAUCCCGGAUCAUGUGCAUUACAUCAUCGCCUUCCUCAUCCUCAUCAUCGGCACUUUAGGAGUCACGGGCAACGCUUUGGUCAUGUUCGCCUUCUAUAGUAAUAAAAAGUUGCGGAGCCUGCCAAAUUAUUUCAUAGUGAACCUGGCGGUCAGUGAUUUCCUCAUGGCCAUCACACAAUCUCCAAUGUUCUUCAUCAGCUGCCUGUUUAAGGAGUGGAUGUUUGGGGAACUCGGAUGUAAAAUAUAUGCAUUCUGUGGCGCGCUGUUUGGCAUCACCUCGAUGAUAAACCUGUUGGCCAUCUCUAUCGAUCGAUACGUGGUCAUCACUAAACCGCUGCAGACCAUCCAGUGGAACUCCAAGCGCAGAACCUCUCUGGCCAUCCUCUGCAUCUGGCUCUACUCACUGGCCUGGAGUCUGGCACCUCUGAUUGGCUGGAGUUCCUACAUCCCUGAAGGUCUGAUGACAUCCUGCACGUGGGACUACGCCUCUCCGUCUCCCGCCAACAAGAGUUACACCAUGAUGCUGUGCUGUUUUGUCUUCUUCAUCCCUCUGGCCAUCAUCCUCUACUGUUAUCUGUUCAUGUUCCUCUCCGUACGAAAGGCCAGCAGAGAUCUAGAGCGGCUGAGCUCUCAGAAGUCCAGCUUUGUGAAGCAGCAGUCCAUGAGGAGUGAAUGGAAACUGGCCAAAAUAGCGGCUGUGGUCAUAGUGGUGUAUGUGCUGUCCUGGUCUCCCUACGCGUGCGUCACCCUCAUCGCCUGGGCAGGGCAUGCAAACAUCCUCACGCCCUACUCUAAAACACUGCCGGCGGUCAUCGCCAAAUCAUCUGCCAUCUACAACCCUUUCAUAUAUGCCAUAGUUCACACCAAAUACAGAGCCACAUUAGCUGAGAAGGUCCCAGGUUUGUCCUGCCUGUCUCGUGUUCAGAAGGACUGUCUCACCUCCUCCACCAAUAGCGACGCCUCAUUCCAGGACAACAGUGUCAGCAGACAGUCAUCAGUCUCCAAGAACAAACUCCACACAACCUUGACCAGCGGCUCCAGUGCUAUGGUAAUGGGAGAAGUGGAGCUGGACCUGAUGGAGAACAGGCGCAACUUGUCUAAAGUGUCAUUUAGAGACUCUUCUAGACAGCGGAUCCUCAAAUGCUCCUCGCUGCUGAUAGAGAAGCCUUCAGUACAGAUGAGAGAGUCGUUCAGUCUAUGCGAGCGAGAUCUCAUCUCCGGUUCCCUCGCCAUGGCAACAGCACCUACGGUCGUUUACACUAAGAAGAGCGGGAGUGCCGAUAUGACCUCUGACCUCUCAUUUAACCCUAGUUGCUCCCCGGAUGCUCCCACAAUCGUCAUCAGUCCAGCUUCAGAGAGCAACAUGAGAGAUACAGUAAGAGAAGAAAGGUCUGGCUCUCACUGUCAGGAUAUAAUGUUUGACCACACAAACAUAAACUGCCCAGCAGAGCUACUGGAGACUACGGAGAGAUUUCUCGCAUGAACCAACCAGCACUGAUCUGAGACUGUGAGACUGUUAAAUAAACUCAUGUUCUAACUAGAUGUGCAUUUCAUGAAGGAAACAUCUGUGCUUGCAGCAGCUUAAUAACAUUCAAGUUUGAGGUAACUUUGGUAAGUUUUAGGCUUUGGUUCAGUGUAAAUGAGAAAUUACCUUUUUAGAGGUGGGUAUUUUUUAUUUAUUUAUUUUUGUGUGUGUG